AAAUGCUAGAGACUAUUCAUUUAGGACCAGAGUGGCAUUAGCUUUCCUACAGCCAUCCUCACCUGCUUGACACCCUUGGAUGUUGGGUUUUUUGUUUGUUUGUUUGUUUGUUGUUUGUUUUUUUGUCCACAGCUCUUGUGGUCCCCAGCCUCUCUCUUGAGCAGGGCUGGAUUUUUUUUUUUUUUAAUAAGAAAGCUGGUGCCCAAGAUUGUUUUCCACCUUAAGGAUAAAACCUGUUAAGAAAGCCUGAACAAUUACAAAAAAAGGAAGAAAAGGAGACUUGGCCAACUGGUAUCAGGAGUCUUAACAAGGUCAUAGUUUGCCAGCCCCUGCCCUAAACAAAUAAUUCUUGAAUGCCUACUGUGGUGUGUAAGAUAUGAGUAAAUACCAGGGAUACACAGAGAACAAAAGAGAAAAACUGCUAUUCUUGUGAAACUUGGAAGUUGGAGAAUGACAAUUCUAGGUACAACUUUUGGCAUGGUUUUUUCUUUACUUCAAGUCGUUUCUGGAGAAAGUGGCUAUGCUCAAAAUGGAGACUUGGAAGAUGCAGAACUGGAUGACUACUCAUUCUCAUGCUAUAGCCAGUUGGAAGUGAAUGGAUCGCAGCACUCACUGACCUGUGCUUUUGAGGACCCAGAUGUCAACACCACCAAUCUGGAAUUUGAAAUAUGUGGGGCCCUCGUGGAGGUAAAGUGCCUGAAUUUCAGGAAACUACAAGAGAUAUAUUUCAUCGAGACAAAGAAAUUCUUACUGAUUGGAAAGAGCAAUAUAUGUGUGAAGGUUGGAGAAAAGAGUCUAACCUGCAAAAAAAUAGACCUAACCACUAUAGUUAAACCUGAGGCUCCUUUUGACCUGAGUGUCAUCUAUCGUGAAGGAGCCAAUGACUUUGUGGUGACAUUUAAUACAUCACACUUGCAAAAGAAGUACGUAAAAGUUUUAAUGCACGAUGUAGCUUACCGCCAGGAAAAGGAUGAAAACAAAUGGAUGCAUGUGAAUUUAUCCAGCACAAAGCUGACACUCCUGCAGAGAAAGCUCCAACCAGCAGCAAUGUAUGAGAUUAAAGUUCGAUCCAUCCCUGAUCACUAUUUUAAAGGCUUCUGGAGUGAAUGGAGUCCAAGUUAUUACUUCAGAACUCCAGAGAUCAAUAAUAGCUCAGGGGAGAUGGAUCCUAUCUUACUAACCAUCAGCAUUUUGAGUUUUUUCUCUGUCGCUCUGUUGGUCAUCUUGGCCUGUGUGUUAUGGAAAAAAAGGAUUAAGCCUAUCGUAUGGCCCAGUCUCCCCGAUCAUAAGAAGACUCUGGAACAUCUUUGUAAGAAACCAAGAAAAAAUUUAAAUGUGAGUUUCAAUCCUGAAAGUUUCCUGGACUGCCAGAUUCAUAGGGUGGAUGACAUUCAAGCUAGAGAUGAAGUGGAAGGUUUUCUGCAAGAUACGUUUCCUCAGCAACUAGAAGAAUCUGAGAAGCAGAGGCUUGGAGGGGAUGUGCAGAGCCCCAGCUGCCCAUCUGAGGAUGUAGUCAUCACUCCAGAAAGCUUUGGAAGAGAUUCAUCCCUCACAUGCCUGGCUGGGAAUGUCAGUGCAUGUGACGCCCCUAUUCUCUCCUCUUCCAGGUCCCUAGACUGCAGGGAGAGUGACAAGAAUGGGCCUCAUGUGUACCAGGACCUCCUGCUUAGCCUUGGGACUACAAACAGCACGCUGCCCCCUCCAUUUUCUCUCCAAUCUGGAAUCCUGACAUUGAACCCAGUUGCUCAGGGUCAGCCCAUUCUUACUUCCCUGGGAUCAAAUCAAGAAGAAGCAUAUGUCACCAUGUCCAGCUUCUACCAAAACCAGUGAAGUGUAAGAAACCCAGACUGAACUUACCGUGAGCGGCAAAGAUGAUUUAAAAGGGAAGUCUAGAGUUCCUAGUCUCCCUCACAGCACAGAGAAGACAAAAUUAGCAAAACCCCACUACACAGUCUGCAAGAUUCUGAAACAUUGCUUUGACCACUCUUCCUGAGUUCAGUGGCACUCAACAUGAGUCAAGAGCAUCCUGCUUCUACCAUGUGGAUUUGGUCACAAGGUUUAAGGUGACCCAAUGAUUCAGCUAUUUAAAAAAAAAAAAGAGGAAAGAAUGAAAGAGUAAAGGAAAUGUUUGAGGAGUGAGGAAGGCAGGAAGAGAGCAUGAGAGGAAAGAAAGAAAGGAAAAUAAAAAAUGAUAGUUGCCAUUAUUAGGAUUUAAUAUAUAUCCAGUGCUUUGCAAGUGCUCUGCGCACCUUGUCUCACUCCAUCCUGACAAUAAUCCUGGGAGGUGUGUGCAAUUACUACGACUACUCUCUUUUUUAUAGAUCAUUAAAUUCAGAACUAAGGAGUUAAGUAAUUUGUCCAAGUUGUUCACACAGUGAAGGGAGGGGCCAAGAUAUGAUGGCUGGGAGUCUAACUGCAGUUCCCUGAGCCAUGUGCCUUUCUCUUCACUGAGGACUGCCGCAUUCUUGAGUGCCAAACGUCACUAGUAACAGGGUGUGCCUAGAUAAUUUAUGAUCCAAACUGAGUCAGUUUGGAAAGUGAAAGGGAAACUCACAUAUAAUCCCUCCGGGACAAUGAGCAAAAACUAGGACUGUCCCCAGACAAAUGUGAACAUACAUAUCAUCACUUAAAUUAAAAUGGCUAUGAGAAAGAAAGAGGGGGAGAAACAGUCUUGAGGGUGUGAAGUCCCAUGACCAGCCAUGUCAAAAGAAGGUAAAGAAGUCAAGAAAAAGCCAUGAAGCCCAUUUGAUUUCAUUUUUCUGAAAAUAAGCUCAAGAGGGAAUAAAUUAGAAACUCACAAUUUCUCUUGUUUGUUACCAAGACAGUGAUUCUCUUGCUGCUACCACCCAACUGCAUCCGUCCAUGAUCUCAGAGGAAACUGUCGCUGACCCUGGACAUGGGUACGUUUGACGAGUGAGAGGAGGCAUGACCCCUCCCAUGUGUAUAGACACUACCCCAACCUAAAUUCAUCCCUAAAUUGUCCCAAGUUCUCCAGCAAUAGAGGCUGCCACAAACUUCAGGGAGAAAGAGUUACAAGUACAUGCAAUGAGUGAACUGACUGUGGCUACAUUCUUGAAGAUAUACGGAAGAGACGUAUUAUUAAUGCUUGACAUUUAUCAUCUUGCCUUUCUUGGUCUAGACUGACUUCUAAUGACUAGCUCAAAGUCAAGGCAACUGAGUAAUGUCAGCUCAGCAAAGUGCAGCAAACCCAUCUCCCACAGGCCUCCAAACCCUGGCUGUUCACAGAACCACAAAGGGCAGAUGCUGCACAGAAAACUAGAGAAGGGGUCAUAGGUUCAUGGUUUUGUUUGAGAUUUGUUGCUACUGUUUUUCUGUUUUGAAUUUUCUUCUUUGUUCUGUUUUUACUUUAUUUAGGGGGACUAGGUGUUUCUGAUAUUUUAGUUUUCUUGUUUGUUUUGUUUUGUGUUGUCUGUGAAUGGGGUUUUAACUGUGGAUGAAUGGACCUUAUCUGUUGGCUUAAAGGACUGGUAAAAUCAGACCAUCUUAUUCUUCAGGUGAAUGUUUUACUUUCCAAAGUGCUCUCCUCUGCACCAGCAGUAAUAAAUAUAAUGCCAUAAUCCCUUAGGUUUGCCUAGUGCUUUUGCAAUUUUCAAAGCACUUCCAUAAGCAUUCCUUCCACCUCCUUGAUAGGCAUUUAUGGAAAGCCUGCUACAUGUCAAUCAUACUGUUAGGCACAGGGGACCUAAAAACACAUAAAAGGAUGGCAUUCUGCCUCAUAAAUUGCAAAACCUAAUGAAAGUGACUGCUUGGUAAACAAAUUAUUAUUAUAUUAUAAAAUGCUAUAAAAGAGCCAUAUUGAAAGUGCCCUGUUGGAUACAGGGCAAACGCCACAAAAAUGAUGUAAAUUUACAUGGAGGAAAAGUAGAAUCUGCCUGGUUUGUAGGCAGCAGAAGACAUUUUUCAUCAGUGGGCAGGUGUUCUUUACCUUUUGUAGAAAUGGGAGUCAAGUCUCAAAUAGGAGGCUCCACAAAAUCUCAUGCCAGGUCUCUGAUACCUUAUUCCCAGAAGUUCUUUGAAGUAUUUAUUGUUAUUUUCUUUGACUUAUGGGAAAACUGGGACACAGGAAGACAGGUAAAUUACCCAACCUCACACGUUAAGUCAGAACUGGGAGCCAUAAUUUUGUAUCCCUGGUAUAAAUAGACAAUCUCUCGAAGAAAUGAAGAGAUGACCAUAGAAAAACAUCGAGAUAUCUCCAGCUCUAAAAUCCUUUGUUUCAAUGUUGUUUGGCAUAUGUUAUCUUUGGAAUUUAGUGUCUGAGCCUCUGUCUGUUACUGUAGUAUUUAAAAUGCAUGUAUUAUAAUCAUAUAAUCAUAACUGCUGUUAAUUCUUGAUUAUAUACCUAGGGACAAUGUGUAAUGUAAGAUUACUAAUUGGUUCUGCCCAAUCUCCUUUCAGAUUUUAUUAGGAAAAAAAAAAUAAACCUCCUGAUCGGAGACAAUGUAUUAAUCAGAAGUGUAAACUGCCAGUUCUAUAUAGCAUGAAAUGAAAAGACAGCUAAUUUGGUCCAACAAACAUGACUGGGUCUAGGGCACCCAGGCUGAUUCAGCUGAUUUCCUACCAGCCUUUGCCUCUUCCUUCAAUGUGGUUUCCAUGGGAAUUUGCUUCAGAAAAGCCAAGUAUGGGCUGUUCAGAGGUGCAUACCUGCAUUUUCUUAGCUCUUCUAGAGGGGCUAAGAGACUUGGUACGGGCCAGGAAGAAUAUGUGGCAGAGCUCCUGGAAAUGAUGCAGAUUAGGUGGCAUUUUUGUCAGCUCUGUGGUUUAUUGUUGGGACUAUUCUUUAAAAUAUCCAUUGUUCACUACAGUGAAGAUCUCUGAUUUGACCGUGUACUAUCCACAUGCAUUACAAACAUUUCGCAGAGCUGCUUAGUAUAUAAGCGUACAAUGUAUGUAAUAACCAUCUCAUAUUUAAUUAAAUGGUAUAGAAGAACA